UAGACUUAUAUAUACACACACAGCAGAAGGCUAGUGACAUUACCAUUCUAGAGAGAGAAAGAGGGAGAGUGGUGAGAGAUACGGCUCAUGGCUACGCGUGGAGUGCGUGAAUAAAAUUGAGAUAUAUAUCUCCAAAAAAAAACCAAUCUUUCUAUUUGUUCUCACCGAUCAUAUCGCUCUGAAUUUUGAACGAUUCCUCCUAAUCGCCAUCGGUUCUAGGGUUAGGGUUUCGUUUAUUAUUUUCAGUUGAGAUAUACAAAAACCCUUUCGGUCCUUGAAGGUUCACACCCAUGGAGUCAACUAUUGUGAUUAAGGUCAAAUAUGGAGAAACACUUAGGCGCUUUACUGCACAUGUUGAUGAAAAUGAACAACUGGACCUUGACAUGGAUGGGUUGAGAGAGAAGGUCCUUAGUCUAUUUAAUUUUGCUCCUGAUGUGGAUCUUACGCUUACGUAUGUGGAUGAAGAUGGCGAUGUAGUAACCCUUGUUGAUGAAGAAGAUCUGCAUGAUGUGAUGAGGCAGUCCCUGAAUCCCUUGAGGAUUACUGUAAAGUUGAAUUCAGAUAAGGGUGGUAGGUCUUAUGCUAGAUCUAGUGGAAGUUCUACCCCCAUGAGAUCACCUCGCGUACAGAAUCCAUCACCAAUCUUUAGCACUGGUGUUACUGAAAUUUUGAGAUCUUUACCUGACCCGGUCCGUAAAGUACUUUCAAAACUGCCAUUAGACUUUACGUCUAAAGCUACACCCUCUGCUCCAAUGAUCGCUGAAAUUAUUGAACAUUAUUCAAAGAUUGGACAAUCCCACCUGAAUUCAGUUUCUGAGUUUCAGGUUGGCUCAGCAUCUAGCACACAUGGUGAGGGUUCAAGAAGAACUACUACGGAAGCACCAGCAAGUAAAUAUCCCAAGGCUAAAAUGGAUGAAAAGGCUACUCCAGAGGUGUUGCCAAACUCAAAACCUGAAGAACCAGCUUCUAAAAUCACUGAGAAUGUGAACCUUGCAGAAGUGACCAAUGGAAUUGAGGCAUCAGUUUCAGAUAUACCAGCCUCUGGCCCUGUGAAUCUUAACGCUAGCCCCUCUGGUGAUUCUUUUCUCUCUGGGUGUGCAUUUGUUAAUGAUACUGUUGAUGACGAGGAUGAGAUUAAGAAGUCAGGCGAAUGUCAUCUGAUUGGGAAGUCUGUUGGUUCCACCUCUGUUAAUCUCACGCCAGUUGCACCUAAAGUUAUUGCUGCUGAUAACAUCAAGGAUAUGAAGAAGGAUAUGAAGAAGUCUUCUUUUGGUCCUCCCAGGCUUUGUAAUCCAGAUUCCCAGCUUAUUACUAAUUUGAAUGCCGGUAUAAGCAACCAAUUCCCUAGUAACUUUGGGAGCUCCUCAAUGUCACAUCUUGGUGUGAAUCCUUUUAAUGAAUGUCCAUUUACAGGGAUGCCUCUGGCAAAUGACUUAGCUGCUACUUGUGCUCGUGUGCAUCCAUUUAAAAGGAGCUACUACUACAAGAACAGUGAUGAUGGCUUGAGCUGCGUUGUCCAUAGGGGUGUUCAAUGUGAUGGCUGUGGUGUUCAUCCAAUCAUUGGACCACGGUUCAAAUCCAAAGUGAAAGAGGAUUUUGACCUGUGCAGCAUCUGCUUUGCACAAAUGGGAAAUGAAGCUGAUUACACUCGGAUAAUCACUCGGAUGGACCGUCCCGCUUCACAUCAUCAUCCAUGGUAUCCUAUGCAGCAGCCGAGCGUGCAUCCACCAAUAGCACCAAUAGUACCACAAGUCUUGAGAAGAGGUUGUCCAAUGAAAUCGUACCAAGUCAAACUAGACGGUCGUUUUAUUCGCGAUGUUAAUAUCAUGGACGGUACUGUCAUGGCCCCCUUAACCCCAUUUACCAAGAUUUGGCGGAUGCGGAACAAUGGUAAUAUGGUGUGGGCUGAAGGAACACAGCUUUUGUGGAUAGGUGGAGAUAAGUUAAGUGAUACUCUUUCGGUUGAGGUAGAGAUUCCAUCGGAUGGAUUGCCUGUGGACAAUGAGCUUGACAUUGCAGUCAAUUUUACUUCUCCUGAACUACCGGGUCGGUACAUCUCGUAUUGGAGGAUGGCCUCUCCAUCUGGCCAAAAAUUUGGGCAACGUGUUUGGGUUCUCAUCCAGGUUGAUGCUGCAAUGAAGGACACGGGCAAUAGCAUCCAUGGGUUCAACUUGAAUCUGCCACCUGACAGCAAUGAUAUGACUAGCCCAGAAAUUAUAGAUUCGAGUGUUGAGCCUAUGGAGGAAGGCAGCAUUUUGGAGGCUGACAAGAGUGCCAUUGAGUCAGUCCAGCCAAUAGGUGAGGAACACACCAACAAGGACCCGGAGCUGAAUUUCCCCAUCAAUGAUACUUUGCUAGUUGGUGAUGGGGUUUCAAAUCCCUUUCCUGCAAUGGCUUAUUCACCAGUGUCAUAUCCCAUGAUUGAUUUAUCUGAAGUAGCACCAAUUAUGCCUCCAACUAUGCCUCCCCAUGAACCAUCCCCUGUUACAAAUGUGCCGUCGUCUGCUCAAGAUACCAGCAGUGGAAACGACGUUGUUGAGCAGACCCUACUCAGAGAACUUCAGGAAAUGGGCUUCAAGCAGGUUGAUUUAAACAAGGAGAUCUUGAGGAGGAAUGAGUAUGAUUUGGAGCAAUCAGUGGACGAUCUCUGUAGUGCUGUGUCCGAGUGGGAUCCUAUUCUUAAGGAGCUGCAAGAUAUGGGUUUCUCCGAUAAAGAAAUGAACAAGAGGCUGCUAAAGAAAAACAAUGGAAGUAUAAAGCGCGUGGUGAUGGAUCUUGUUACCGGAAAGAUGGCCUAGUCUUAUUAGAAGCUUCCUUCUUAUAUCUAUAUGGAUAGUAUAUACUAUAAAUAAAUGUUGGUAGUGGAAGUAUAUUAUGAUGCUUUUUAGUUUUCUCAGGUUCCUUAUUUAUGAAACUGGUGAAACUGGUGUGUGAUUGGUACCCUAGAACUUUUAUUAAAUAAAAAAAUUGUCUAUAUCUA